UGCAUCAGAUCUGAACUUGCUUCUCCUUCGGCAGCGUCAGACAAAUCAUGAGCGCCGGAUCCCGCCAGUGAAAGAGAAAGAUCUGGGACGGACGGGGGGUGGGGGAGAAAAGAGGUCACUAUGCUUGGCAUCUGAAUGCAAGUUUUGAAGGAAGCGCUUUGAAGGAACUGAAGAGAAGAGCAAUGGGGAACACUAUAAAAACCAUGAAAACCACACCUGAGAUAAAUAGUACCCACUGGCAGUCAGGCCACAGAAGUGAUUUUCUUGCUGUCCUUGAUGAUUAUCCCACCCCGGAUAUAAGCCAGCCUAUAUUUCAAAUCGGGGAGAAACUACGUGUGAUAUCAGAUGAAGGAGGCUGGUGGAGAGCACGUUCCCUCACUACAGGUCUAGAAAAUUAUAUCCCAGAAAAAUCUGUAGCAAAAGUUUACCACGGUUGGUUAUUUGAAGGCCUAGGAAGAGAAAAAGCCGAGGAACUCUUGCAACUUCCCAAUACCAAGGUUGGCUCUUUUAUGAUUAGAAAGAGCGAGACGACAAAAGGUUUAUAUUCCUUAUCCGUCCGGCACAUACAAGUGAAACAUUACAGAAUCUUCCGCCUGCCAAAUAACUGGUAUUACAUCUCUCCUCGGCAAACUUUUCAGUGCCUUGAGGACCUUGUAAAUCACUACUCUGAGGUAGCUGACGGCCUCUGCUGUGUACUCACAACCCCCUGCCUCACUCAACACACUAUCAACAAUGAAGGAAGGAAUGCUGAGCCUCCUGUGGUGAUGCGCAACAAAACCUUUGCCUGGAAGGAUAAGCAGAGAUCAAAGGAGAAUGAUGACGGACUUGAAGAAAUGCUUGGGAUGGAGGAUUCUGGCCUCAGUUUUGGGCUCCGGAACAGCAUUACGUCUUAUCUUGCCCUAACUGGGGAUGCUGACCCUUAUGCGAGCAAGAAGAAGAAGAAAACCCAGUCUGUCAUAUACCGGACCAAGUACAGAUCACACCCAACCAUCAUGUACCAUGAGGACUAAACCUGAGAAAACGGGGUACACCCAUGAAGGAACUGAGACGCUCCAUGUUCAAAUAUUAGCUUUUUCUUUGUCUUUUUUUUAAACUCUUGGGAAAAUCACAAGCAUUAUAUGCUGGUCUAGAAGAGCCACAGCCUCAGAGACAGAACCUGGAGUCUAGGGCCUUAGCGAGAUAGGGUGAAAUCCUGGGGUGAUCCCCGGGAUCAGGGAGGAAUGAUCCCUCCCUUGCCCAGGGGUCUCACCCUACACUUUAGGCCCAGUUUUUCUGCGGUCUACUGCGGAACGUGUGGCUAGAUGCUGUGGUCUGUCCCAGUUCCUUGCGAGGAGCCGGGACCCAUGCA